AUGUCGGCCCGCGCUCAGCUCCCUUCCAACAAGGAGAUCAAUCUUUCAAAGGCCCAGCUAUUCAUCGUUAUCAACCCCCCUCUGAACUUCAACCUCGAGAUCGAAAAGAUUGACGUUAAGAUCCCCAGCCGCUGGACGAUCGCCGUCUUCGACCCUGUUCCUAUCAAGUGGCUCACCGCCGAUGGCCGUCAGAAUGAAGCCCGCUACGCUUUGAUCAAGGGUGAAGCUCCACCCGAGAACUCCAAGCUCUUUGAGGUUGCCAAGAUUCCUGAUUCGAAGCUUGGCGAUGUCGAAGCUCGGAUUCGUUCUGUGCUUCCUGACGAGAACCCACUGGGCGAGAUGCAGUUCAACCGCGAGUAUGUCCGUGAAGUACUGAACAGCCUUGUUGACGGCGGUAUCAUUAGGGAGCGCCCAGCUCGGGAUACUUUUCUUGCGGUUGAGACUUAUUGUCUUCAAAUGAACAAGAAAUAA